AUGCAAAGGAAACUGCUGGAAGUAGCCUAUGAAGGGUUCGAAAACGCCGGCAUUCCCAUGGAAAAACUGGCCGGUAGCGACACAUCAGUCUACGUCGGUGUGAUGACAAACGACUAUGAACUGGUCUCACAAACCGAUAUCUACAACCUCCCACAAAAUGCUGCUUCCGGAACUAGCCGGGCUAUGUUGGCAAACCGCAUUUCAUGGUUCUUCGAUCUGCAUGGCGCUAGUCUCGCGUUGGACACUGCUUGUUCAUCCAGUUUAUACGCGUUCCAUCUGGCUUGCCAAUCUCUCCGAACGGGAGAGUCGCGACAGGCGUUGGUUGGUGGUGCCAAUAUGAUUCUCCAUCCGAAUUUCAUCUCUCAGCUAUCUUCAAUGCACAUGUUGAGCCCUGACGGUAUCAGCCACUCAUUUGAUGCCCAGGCGAACGGCUAUGCACGAGGCGAAGCCAUCACCACAAUCGUUGUCAAGCGCCUAAAGGAUGCUCUUGUCGAUGGCGACACUAUUCGAGCUGUGGUCAGGGGCACCGGUGUUAACCAGGACGGUCACACACCUGGAAUCACAAUGCCCAGCAGCGACGCGCAAGCUGCGCUGAUACGGUCUACGUAUGCUACCGCCCAUGGCACAGGAACACCCCUCGGAGACCCUUUGGAAUUGGGCGCCGUUGGAGCCGUAUUUGGCCCCUCUAGAAGAGGAACCCGAACUCCCCUACACGUAGGCAGCGUCAAAACCAAUAUCGGCCAUACCGAAGGUAGUGCCGGCCUAGCUGGCGUUGUCAAGGCGGUCCUGGCUGUGGAAAAGGGGUAUAUACCAGCCAACGCCGGUUUCGAGACGUUAAACCCGAAGCUCCGACUCGAUGAAUGGGGUCUUGCCUUGCCACUCGAGACGAUGCCAUGGCCAGUCUCGGGCCUCCGCCGGGCGAGCAUCAACUCGUUCGGAUUCGGGGGCGCCAAUGCCCACGUCAUCCUGGAUGACGCUCAUCACUAUCUGGAGUCGCGCAAUUUGGUUGGUAACCACCAGACGGCCGUGUCGGUCGACGGAGGGACAUCUACUUCAUCCGGGAGCGGAGACAGCGGAAUCAGUGACGUGCGCAAUCAUCGGGACGGAAGUAAACAGCUAGGAAGCAUCCACGUACGCCCCAAGGUCCUCGCUCUCUCAGCGCACGACCAGGCCGGGAUCAAGAGGCUCUCUAGUGCAUACGCCCAGUUCGCGGCGGAGUCUCAGCACCGGGAGGGCAGCUUCGUUCACGACAUGGCCUACACUCUGGCAGCCAGGCGCACCAAACACCCAUUCCGCAGCUUCGCGGUCGCGUCGACUGUAGACGAUCUCACGAGCGGUGUUUCCGCGGCGCCGACGAUACUGAAACGCUCAGCAAAGAACGGGACGCUGGCUUUUGUGUUCACUGGGCAAGGUGCGCAAUGGGCGACCAUGGGGAGGGAGUUGCUUGAUGUUCUUACAUUCAAGGAGAGCGUUCUCAGAUCACAGGGGUAUCUUGACGCACUCGGAUGCAAGUGGAACGCGAUCGAGCUACUGUGUGAUGAGGAUGGCUCCAGAUUGGACAUCCCUGAGUUCUGCCAGCCCAUCUGCACCGUGAUGCAGGUUGCCCUGGUCGACUUACUUGGUCACUGGGGCUUGACGGCGAAAGGUACUGUUGGGCAUUCAAGUGGUGAGAUUGCGGCUGCUUAUGCUGCAGGCGGAAUAUCCCAUGCCAGCGCCAUUAAAAUUGCCUACUUCCGCGGUCUCUACGUUGAGGAGAUCCAGCGCCGUCUCGGAGGUCGCCGGGGCACCAUGUUAGCUGCAGGCCUGACCGCCGAAGAGGCGCAGUCAGUCGUGGAGGAGUUCUCUUCCCCUGAACAGAUCGCUACGGUGGCCUGCAUCAACAGUCCCUCGAGCGUAACCAUCUCGGGCGAUGAGGACGCUAUCGGCAAACUUGAGGCUGUGCUUCAGCAAAGGGGUAAGUUCGCGAGGAAGCUUCGUGUGAAGAUGGCGUACCACUCGGCACACAUGGAGGUCAUCGCGGACGACUUUCUGGCAUCCAUGGGUGAGCUGGAGCUGAAGGAUCAGUUCGCAGCGCCAAUGUUCUCUUCGGUCACGGAGGAGGUCUUGGCGAGCCCGUCACAGCUGAGUGCUGCCUACUGGGUCAAGAACAUGGUCUCACCCGUACUUUUCAAGGGUGCCGUGGAGGCAUUGCUCACUCACUCCGCUCUUGUGGAGGGAGCCAACACCGCACGGAGACAGAGGAAGGUCCCGGUGCGAUGGACCGGUUUCGUUGAGAUUGGCCCUGCGGGAACGCUUCAAGGACCGCUGGACCAGAUCAUGAAGGCCGUCAAUUCGAAGCUCUCAUUGGACCUGACAUACACUUCCAUGCUCAAGAGAAAGAAGAACGCUAUGUCUACCUCGCUCGAGGCUGCGGGUCUACUAUGGGCCACUGGGCAUAAUGUCGACCUGCUGAAGGUCAACGAGGACCCUGACCACCGGAGCGCCCGGUCUUUGGCCAACUUGCCGCCGUACCCUUGGCAACACAGCAAACGCUUCUGGCACGAGGCACCCGAGAGUCUCGCAGUCAGAAAGCAAAAGAGGUCCAGGAGAGAUCUCCUAGGCAUCGAAGUUCCUAACCAGAACCCCUUCGAGCCCAGGUGGCGAACCCCCUUACGCUUGGAGGAGCAGCCGUGGAUGGGUGGCCAUGUUAUCACUGGCACAGUCCUAUACCCGGCUGCCGGCAUGCUGAUUAUGGUCCUCGAAGCCGCCCUGGAAAUCGCGGAGAAUAACUCGAAUGAAACAAAGAAGAUCAGGGGCGUCGAGUUGGGCCAGGUCAGCUUCGAGAGAGGCUUGGUGGUCCCCAAUGAUGAUGCCGUCGAGACUCACUUGAGCAUGCGACCAGACGAAAUGUUCCCUGAAAAGUAUCACUGGACCAUCUUUUCCAUCCCACCUGGCGGGACCUGGCAGAAACACUCAUCCGGUACUGUCGUCACUAUCUACGAGGACACAGGUUUGGACAUUGAGGAAUGGCAAGCCCGAGCAGAGAGCUUCGAGGACUUGAAGAAGCGUGCCUCCAGGAAGCUUGACGUCGCAGCCUUCUACGACCAGCUGAGGUCUAUCGGCAUGGACUACGGGCCCUUGUUCACCAACGUUGUUAACGCCGCCAUACUGCCGGGUGAGCAAACAGGUCUUGCGACUGUGUCUAUCCCAGACACCAAGUCUACGAUGCCGCAGGGCGUCGAAUUCCCGCACCAUAUUCACCCGGCAACGCUCGACGCAAUUUUCCAUCUCAUCUUUAUCGCCCUUUUUGAAGGGAAUCCCAUGGAUGAAGCAUCCAUUCCGGUGACGGUCGAAACCAUCUUUAUCGCGAUGGACCAGCCUUCUGGUGCGGGAUCCAAGUACGUCGGGUUCUCAAAGGCGAGGAAGACCAACUCCAGAGAGGCAUGUGGCGAUAUCGUCAUCUCGGAUGAGAGUUGGUCGGGACCCAAGAUCGUCAUGCAGAACAUGGUGGUCCGUCAGGUAUCAUCCACUGACGACAAGUCUGAGAGCUCCUCAUCGCCCUUCUCUCAAACGCCAAAGAGGGUCGGCCGGCUUGAGUGGAAGGAAGACAUCGAUGCGCUUGCGGGCAAGGUAGCAUCACAAGUCCUCCGUGCAGGUGGAUGUCAGGACCGUUUCACUGGUCUGAGCAACCGUGACUUGGCUGCGUACUUGGAACUUCUUACCUAUAAAGAGGCGGAUUUGAGGCUUCUUGUCCUUCAUGCCGAGAAGAACCAUGAACUGCAAUCUUUGGCAACCAUCUUCGCACCUCGAGAGGAGCGAGGUCUCCGCGCCGCUGAGAUCAAGUUUGCUGCACCGUCUCAAGAGCUUGCAAAUCAAUUGCUUUCCCAGCUUGCAGUGACGCAAUAUCCGCUGCCCAAUGGUUCCGACGUUAUAUACGUGCCAUCGCCUGAAGCGCUGGUAGAGGAUUCGUCUGAUCAGCUUGUUGAGGAGCUGGGUAUGUUCGACAUCGUCAUCGGGGACAGUCGACAGUUGCCCGAUGGUGGUGGGAACAUUAGGCUGUCUCACAUCAAGUCCCUUCUACACCCCGGUGGUCGAGUCGCUUUAGUUGGAGACAAGGUGUCUGCCGCCGACUAUCUCAGUGGCGCCGGCUUCGCCCCGGUUGAUAUCGACUUCAACAACGCAGUGGUUUGCUCGACGAAGGUCCAGAAGAAGCUAGUCCUCUCCGAGAUCAACUUGAUUGUCCGGCCCUCACCUUCGAUAGCAGCUUUGAAAGUCCAAGAGGUCUUGAAACGGAAAUUGGAGAGCUCAGGGGUCACGGUCAAGAGCUGUCUCCUCUCCGAGGCCGCCACUUCGGGAUCCGAGAUCUUUAUCUCCCUUCUCGAGUUCGAUGAGCCUUGGACAAUCAACCUAAGUGCCCAAGACCUGGACGAGCUCCGAUCCUUGGUUUUCGGCGCCAAGUACCUUCUAUGGCUGACGAACGGCGGCAUCGCCGACAGAAGUGAGGCGUCGCUGGCCUUCUCCCCUACCACCGGCUUGUUGCGCACUAUUCGAACCGAGGUGCCGCAAAUCGUGCUCCCACAUCUAGAUCUCUCUAUGACUUCGGAACUCGGCCCUGAAGAACAGACAAGCUUGGCAAUGGAGGUGUUGAGCCUUAGCAGGAAAGACCUAUACAAAGGGAAGAAUAACGAGAUGGAGUUUCUCGAGUCCGGAGGCAGGCUUCUAAUUCCCCGGGCCGUGGCAGACUUGCCCUCUGACCACGAACUGGCGUUGCGUUCUGGUCAGCUGAAGUCGGUUCCAGGCGGAUUGUGGGCGACUGGCGAGCCUGGAGACCUAAAUCCUUUGAAGUUUGACGUCGCUGGGUCCGGUGUCUGGAUCGCGGACACAACCCAGAGCGAACCUCUCAACGACGAGGAGAUUGAGAUCCAGACCAGCCACGUAUGCAUCAACGGCUCUGAACUUACUCGAUCGUCAGGCCAGUUUGGUACAACAAUGGCGACGGAGGCUCUGGGACGUGUGGUCCGUCUUGGUACCGAGGUCCCGAACCUCAAAAUUGGUGAUAAAGUCGUCGUGUUGGUUGAUGAAAGCGCACUCAAGACACAUAUCAGACAGCACUUCAGCCUGGUCCAGAAGGUUCCGGAUGAUGUCAAGUCUGAGCUCGCCGUUUCUCUACCGUUGAGCUUCAUGACGGCCUACCACGCCAUCGUGGAAGUUGGUCGUCUUGCAGCAGGCGAGACCGUUCUAAUCCACGCCGUGCAUGAUGCCGUUGGACUUGCUGCCCUUCAGAUUGCGACGCAACUGGGUGCGGCAGCGGUCUUUAUCACGGCCAAUGACGAUGAGACGGCAUCAGAGCUGGUGGCCGAAUACAGCAUUCCCCAUAGCCAUAUCAUCCGAGCAGAGGACGGUGACAUCGUCUCGAAGACCGCCAUGAAGCUUACUUCCGGGCACGGUGUCGACAUUGUCAUCAGCGCUGCGUCGGGCACAUCCUUGUACUCCGCCACGAAGACCAUUGCUUCCUGGGGGCGGUUCGUACGCAUCGGCACCGAUAGGGCUCGUCCCCAGGACAUCAGCGCCGUUGUGUUCGAGCGCAACGCCUCCAUCUCGUCUGUCGAUGUCAGACAGCUCCCCCGUGAGAGGCGCUCCCGGCUACUCGCCAUGGCGUUCGGAUUCUUGCGGUCCGGACUUGUGAAAGAACGGUCUCUUGUGACUAGUGUACGCGCCGUGAAAGACCUGAGCGACAUCUUAUCCUCGACUACAGUCGAGCAGGGUAACAUUGUCAUCGAGCUUGGGAAAAAAGCAGUGGUGCCGGUUUUACCGCGACCGCCGGCUCCGCCCCAGUUGGAUGCCGACGCAAGUUACCUUAUCUCCGGUGGCCUAGGUGCUCUCGGCCUGACUAUCGCGAAGAACAUGGCUCUUCAUGGCGCUCGGCACUUGGUCCUUCUAUCGCGAUCUGGCGUCGUGAACGCUAGGCAAGAAGACGCCAUCCGGGACAUCCGUGAUCUCGGCUGCGAGGUUGACACUCCCAAAUGCGACGUCACAAUGCGCUCAGAAGUUGAAGAUGCGAUACGAAGAUGUGAAACGAGCGGACGAAGGCUUCGAGGCGUGAUCCAAUGCGCCAUGGUCCUUCAAGACUCCAUCUUGCAGAACAUGACCAUCGAGAAAUGGAACACCGCGACGCGUCCCAAGAUUGUGGGGACGUGGAAUCUCCACUCCACGGUGCCCACAGACCUCGACUUCUUCAUUCUUCUGUCCUCCAUGUCCGGCAUCAUCGGGAACAGCGGACAGGCUAAUUACUGCGCGGGCAACGCGUACGAGGACGCCAUCGCGCUUCACCGUCGGUCCUUGGGUCUAGCGGCGACGACGCUGAACGUUGGGCUGGUGACGGACGCGAGCCAUUUCAAUGCGACGUCUACGGCCGACGAUUACCUCAGAAAAUACGGCCACUGGGAGUCGGCGAGGGUGACGGACGACGAGAUGCAGGCCGUCAUCGAAGCCGUCCUCCGCCAGAGUGCCGGGGAUCUGCCGGAGCAGCUCCUCGUCGGCAUCACGGAUGAUGUGAAGCGCGACGGUCGCGCAGCGUGGCCACAAGACCGCAAGUUUGAGCACCGCAUCGCGCGAACUGGGUCGUCUGCCGCUAGUGCAGACCCCAACGGCGCGAACGCGGAGAGACUCGGAGACGAGUUAGGCCGGGCGAAGACAUUGAAAGAGGCUGUUAUGGUCGUCCUCGGCGCUCUCAAGGCUAACCUCGCGGCGGCCAUGACGGCCAGUCCGGACGAUAUCGAUGAGGAGAGGCCGCUUUACAGCUUUGGUGUCGACUCGCUCAAGGCGGUCGAGGUGCGCAAUUGGAUCUUCAAGGAGCUACGAUGCGACGUGUCUGUUUUUGAUAUUCUGAGCCCAAGCCCGCUCGCUAAGUUGGGGCCGAGGAUCGUGGCUAGGAGCGCGCUAACGCCACCCGAGAUUGCAAGUCAGGCGUUAGCGGAUGCCUAA